GGGUGAGUAAGGUUAUGUUGCGAGAAAAAAAUUGACAAAGUUUUCCUGGUUCUAUUGUGCGCAAUUUUUUGUCUUUUAUUUUUGUCCUUCCCUUAGGACUUUAUCCUUGUCUAGUAGAAUAAUGGGCAAUGCAGGAAGUAAUAUGCCCCGUGAGAGACAUAAAUCUAGUUCAGCAGAUGUGACACCUGGUUCACCUGGGAUCAAGGACACUGGUCAGGCUUUUGUGUUUGAGAAGAAGGCACAUCCUGUGUCUGCGGAUGAGGAUGAGCCCCCGUUUUACACUAAAACAGUCAAAUCUGUGGAUCCGGAAUUUGUCACGGAAUUCCGUCAGCGGGCAAAUACAACAGCAGUAGAUGGUCAAGAGGAGGAUGAAUUUGACGAGGGUGGCGAGAAGAAGAAAUCAGCACUUCCGACGGUUUUCAAGUGGGACGGCGGUGGUCGUCAGGUGUAUAUCAGUGGUACAUUUUCCGAUUGGCAAACUGUACCAAUGGUACGCAGUCAUGGGGACUUUGUUACGAUAAUUGACCUUCCGGAAGGGGAUCAUCAGUAUAAGUUUCUCGUAGAUGGUGAAUGGAAGCACGAUCCGAAAUUGAAAAAUAUUGAUAAUGAUGUGGGGAACAAGAAUAACCUUGUGUCUGUGCGCCAAUCGGAUUUCGAGGUGUUUCAGGCAUUAGCAAAGGACAGUGAGGAAGGUGGGAAUAAUGAGCAGAAGGAGUACACCCAGGAAAUCCCAACUAAUAAACCUUGGGAAAAGGUAACAGGACCUCCAAUUUUGCCGCCACAUCUCCUUCAGGUUAUCCUGAACAAAGAUACACCACUUUCUUGCGAGCCGACACUACUUCCAGAACCAAAUCAUGUUAUGCUGAAUCACCUGUAUGCUCUCUCUAUCAAAGAUGGAGUAAUGGUGCUCAGUGCAACACAUCGGUAUAGGAAGAAAUACGUCACGACGCUACUCUACAAGCCCAUUUAAGUCUUUUUCUUCUGCUAAAUUUUUACGUUUUUUUUGAAGAUCAUCUCUUAAUGUUUGCUGUGUAAGUAGUAGGAAAUGAUAUAUAACACCGAUUUAAAGCAUAUUUAAUUUAGAAUUUUAUAUAUAUAACGCACACACUCCAACAGAUUGACCAAUUCGUGGUUUUGUGCUUGAUAGUGUUUCAUUCUUGCAGACUUCUGAUUUCAUUCUUUUUCCUAUAUAUUAAACAUAAUUAUUUGUUGCUUGUAAAGAAUUUUAACUAGACGGCUGUUUAAAACAGAUAAGAGGAGAAAAUAUAUAAAAUGAUAAAUACGUCAAAUAUUUACAGCAUAUUGAAGGAAAAUAAAAAAUAAAUAAAUAAAAA